AUGGCCUCGUUUGCCGGCUCAUGGCGAAACGCUGUCCGAAGCCUUUCUGUGGUUCCUGCAGUCGCAGCAGCUGCCAAUGUCACGAAGGAUGUGAAAGCAGUGCCUUCACAGAUAUCUUGCAGCUCAAAGCCAGCACUAGUGCGAGACAUCCCUAAGUUUGGGAACAGUGCGCUCCCACCUCUCCCACCUGCAACGCUUGCACCUGUCCUUCUGGAAACUCUUGAGAGGGUACUGACAGCGACCGGCUCUUUUUUUGACUUAGACUGCUACGGGUCCAAGUCGGAGUUUGAGGAUGCCUUAUGGUGGUCCUGGGCGAAGCUGGGCUCUGCGUGCGAUCGUACUUCGCCAGCUUACAAGCAGAGGGCUGCUUCCACAGCAGAUUCUGCCAACCGUGUGCGGGACAAGCAGCGUGUGGAAUCGAAAUGGGGGUUGGGUGAGUCAGGGGACGCUUCGCUGGAGUUCUACGACCCUGCGGGCGAGCUAGUGGCACGUGGUUAUGAAGCAGUUGUCUAUGGGGAUCACGGGCCAUACAUAGAGUUCAAGGAAGAGCAAAUAUAUUGGCCAACCUUCUGCAGGCAUAGACUGAAGGGACCAGGUAGAACGCACUUCGAGCACUACAACCGAGACGUGUCCAUCAAGUUGUAUGACCAAUUCAAGACGGUGGCCGAUCAGCCCGACCCGCCGGCAGCAUUUCCGAACGCCUUCUCCUGCUCUAACAAUCGGAGCGAGGGCUAUGCAGACUACCGGGCGGGUCGCUUAUACACAUCCGUCGACAGUUUCUUCGAGGCGGGCGGUCGUUGCGCAUAG